CUUUCGUCGCAUCUCCUCCAUCCGAACAACCUUCCUCCCGAUUCCUUGUCCUGCACACUCGUGUCUUCCUCCUCUUCUCCCUCCUGUCGCCCCUUCACGAAGCCCGAAGAGAUCCAACCUGUAGGCUGCGCGAUUCGAGAACCUGCCAACGUAGCAAGCAGGCCGAAAGCAGCGUCGCUCACCCCAUUGCUCAGUCUCGCCUCCCCACUCGUCAGGACCCAUCUUUCGAAUCUCGCCCCGUAGACAGGUCCUUUGGCCGGGCAAAGAAGGUCAUUCAACUGCGUGAGGGCAAACCGGUGUCGUCGCGAGGAAGAGCCGAAGCAUCGUCGUCAACUGUGUUAUGCCCAGUACGCCGACGGUCCACCAACGAGCACAGGAUCAUCAUCAUUCAACUUCUUUCGUUAACGCAGCGCAGCACAACGCAGCCGCAGCCAGGCAAGGGCACGCUGGAUACGCUAAGCCUUCUCCGGCCCAGGGGCCCCUGGGAGCCUUGAGCCCUACCAUUUCCACACCGAGCAACCCGUCGAUUGCCUCUGGUGGUAGCGUCGUCCAUAACAGCAAUGGCGCAAAUGGAAGAACAAGCAAAGGUCAAAUAGCAGGGCCAGCCAAUGGAGGAGGCGGAGGUGGUGGUGCAGUAGGCAACAGCAGUGGCGAUGCCGGUGGUGGUAUUGUCUCUGGUGCCGGAGUGGGACAGGCAAAGGUCAAUGGUGAUGACGGACAAGAUCGACAGGGCGGCGCCAUCGCUGGUCCGGGACCAAGCACUGUGCAGGCUGCCGCUGCGGCUGCAGCUGCCGCUUCUUCGUCAAAGACCAACCAGUUUACUUUGCAUAAUGGUGUCAGCGAGGGCCAAGAUGCUCCUCAGGACCUGAGCCAGGAGGUGUACUCGAUCUUGUACAAGACAAGGAGGCGGCGCGCAUGGGAAAAGUCUCGUCACAUCGACGAGGUGAUGCCAACGAGGGAGGAGCUCGACGAACAGGUGCGACCGCCGCUGCCGAACCCAGACGAACAGGACAGGGACCUCAUUCCCCUCAGCGCUAUCGCUCAGAGGCUUGUCUUCUAUGCAUGGCAGCUCUUUGCCAAUCAGGUGGAAAUCAACCCUUCUCUCUCGCCGAUGGAGCGUCGAAAAAGAAUGUUCAACGACGCAGUCGAAGCUCGCAAGCAACUCAUCAAACUUCUCGUCCUAGCUCGGUGGUGUGCAUGCGCAGAGGAGCUUCAUCUAGCGAGGGACAUCAUCUCUUUCAUCAACGAUCACAUCUUCCAGACGGACUCAGCGGUGGCCUCUUUGAACGAGACGCGCAGCAUCCUCACCAGGGCAAGGUUGCGCUCUUUUGACGUCGUCACGGCCAUUGAGGUUCUUGGAGCGGGAGCACCGCAAAGAGUGCCGCCUCUAAUCAAGGAAUCAAUCGCUCCCCAAAAGCAGUACACCGACGACGAGGCAUUAGAAAUCAUCGAGGAGCUCAACGAGGCCCUGACAGUGAGGCUGGCGUGCGACGAGGCUAUCCCUGUCCCAAUGCUCAGCUAUACCAUCGAUGACGGUCGAGCAUGUUUCGUCGUACCGUCUCUCUUCGAAGCGGAUCUCACGUUAGCAGGUGUCAGCAUAGAGGAAGCCCUUUGGCAAUUGACGAGGGUCAAGUUCGACUUCAAGAUUACCGGCAGCGGGGCCGAUCGCUUUCCAAGGCAGCCCAUCAAUCAGCAGCGUCAAGUCAUCCUCUACCUGGCCAACGCAGAGCUGGCACCGAAGAGCAUCGCCGCCGUCCCAGAAUUGGAGGCAUCAACGGAGCAGGUUCCGGCACAGACAGCGACGGCUGCCGUGACAGUAGAGACCGACGUAGAGAUGCAUGAUGCAGAAGAUGGCAUCCCUGCAGAAUUUGACAAGCCUGGCGAUACACUGCCAUUUCGAAAAGAUACGCCGCUCUUGCGGCUCUACAACUUUCUUCAAUCCCAAGCCCUCAAUUACCAGCUUGAUAUCCUGCAUUACCAGGCGAUACAACUCACAAAGCUCAGCUGGGGGGCGAGCUUGGCUGUUCACAUGGAUCACACAGCCCGACCACGUACUCUAUCGAUUAGAUACUGGAACCAGCAAGGAGCCGUUCGAACAGAGAGCGGCCAGCGGGGCGAGCAGCAGCGAGCCUGGACACCCGCAGCAAGCGCCACGCUCAAGGUCUCGGUUCGAGAAGUGCAGGACUCGAGUGGCAAAGGAGUCACCGUGGAAGGCCUCCUUGAUGUGCAAGACGACGACGAAGAGAGGGCACGAAACCAGUCCUUGACGCGCCUUGAAAUCCCCGUCGAGUGGGAGGUUGACGGUCCUGCUACGCCACACUUACGCACAAAAGACUUCACCAUCGACAACCGGGAUCUCGACAUUGAGAAGCUUCUUCUCGAAGCCGUCAGUAGGCACGCUCAUGCUGCCCUGCUGGCGUUUCGGUCGAGGAUACAGGCAAGCAGCCUGUGUGCAGCUGUGGGUUCGGAUCAGUGCCGCCUGCGUAGCCACAUGGAACAUAGGCGGCCGACGCACGCGCUCGUACUUCCUCUGCACGAGCGUCUCUGCCUUGUUCUUCACCUCGAUGCUCUCUCAGGUCAGCUUCGGCUCGAGGAAGCUCAAGGUAGCGGAAGCACAACGUCCCUAUCUUGCACGUCCUUGGCAAGCCAUGACAGGUCGAGGCAGCUGCGCGAUGCAUCGAAGCGGCUCAAUGACCGUCCAGGGCAGGUCGUAAGCAUCCUUCAAAACCUCCGAUGCAAUGUCAUCUUGGAGGACCUUGAGCAAAAAGCUUCGCUACUCGGACUACCCUGUACGAGGCGAUUGCCGCUACGGCAGGAAGACUACCAACAGUUGCGGGCUCAUCCCGGCACCAUGCUCUUCGUCCAUCUCGCCCCCUUCCCGACAUACUAUCUCGUCUUGCGCGUCACCGACGAUGCGAUACGCGUUGCGCUCAUCUGUGCUCACACUUUCAUGGAGGGCGUCAUGACUUCGAUGCUGAUAUACUCGCUCGUUUGGCUCGAUCGCUCGAGAAUCACAAGGUCGCAUGCGCUUAGUGAGGAGGCGAAAACACUCGGAAAAAGGAGACAUGGCAUGAAUGUGGCGAUCUCAAGGGGUAACCCGAUGUCUCUGACGGAAGAGGAAUUGGCAAAACUUUACAGCUACAGCCUAGCCCUCGUCAGCUUCAACAAGGUCGAGCAGCAGCUCCAGCUAAAGAAUGUUCCCUUUGUCCACGUCAGCCCUGCUUCCGCUCGUUCGGGCGAGAUCGACGAUUGCGACGAUGUCCAACGGAGCGUUAUCGACUUGGUCCCUAGCCUCGCCCUGCGUGCCGAUAUGCUCCUGGGGCCGGCUCAUACCAUUGUCAAGCCGAAUCUAUCGCUCAAGAUGAAGCAGUGGUGGGAUGUCUCGAAGAGCCGCGUGGAAAUCUCAGCACGCUUGCGAGUGCGGGCGGGCCUUUCGAACCGUCGCAUAAGUGCUUCGGGCGGAGCGACGCUGGACUUCGACCCGCGCACAUCGAUCUUGACCUUCUCGACGCAAGAUGUCGACAACUGCAUCUCGAUGUUCCUCCUCGAGUGGAACCGAGUGUCCAAGGUGGCCAACCUCGCAAAGGAGCUCCUCGGCUGCCACAAGAUCGAUGGAUGGUCCUCUGGAUUUGUGCCAACGCUCGACAAGUUUGACCUUUGUAGCGUCUCGUUUGAGUAUGCCAAAGGUCUUAGCGCUGAGGUGUCUUGGCGGGAGGAUCUGCGGCUCCUAAAGGGCGGCUUUUACUCCAUCGUCUUUUCGUCUUCGCUGGCAUCCAAAAACCCGCACGAGGUCAUGGCACCGACGCUGCAGAGGUCGCUCAGCCGGGGCAACGACAACGAGCCGGGAUUCUGGCUUGGGUUCUUGAAGCUUUUGCAGAACCUCUUGCCCAUGCUGGAGCAGGUGUCAGAGAUCGACGAGCGGUGUCUCGAAGAUGUCAGCAGUCCUGAGCUCGAGGUCCGAUCGGCGACGCAGCUUCGUCUCGUCUUUUGGGAGCAAUACGUCCUCGACAUUGAACUUCGGCGGGGGGCAAAGGUGCUUUUCAGCACGACCACCGCGCCGUCGCCAGCUCUCGAGGCCAAAGUGGUAGUAGAUGAAGAUCGACUGAAAAGAGCCACAGCCAUUCCCAACUUCGAUCGCAUUGCGCUCGACGUCACCAAGGCAUACUGCGAACAGGCGGAGCCCUCGUCUUCUGAGUCCUCGAGGAUUGUCCAGAGGCUACCCGCCGUACUGGCGCUGGAAAGGGGGAUCCUGUCCGAUUGCACCCCGGCAACGGCUAGAUUCGUGCUCCGCAUGCUCCAGGAAAAGAUUGUAGAGGAGCUCACGGCAGUGGAAGCAAUUUGAUGUUCCUGUCAGCCAUUAGAGCUGCAGCCACUCCCUUCAUGACGUCCCGACCUAACGUCUCUCUCUCCUCACCUCUGAAACUUAAGGUGCAUUUAACCAUCGACUCAGUCCAUUCAGCUGCUCCUGCACUCUAAAAGUGCGCCGAGCCGGACUCUGCGAUCGUAGCUGUUGGCCGAGAAGAAAGGA